AUGUUUUAUCACAUACCAUUAGAGCAUGAAAUAUGCUUACAUCCGAAAUAUUUUGGACCUGAUUUAUUAGAAACUGUAAAACGAAAACUUUUUAAUGAAGUUGAAGGAACGUGUACGGGUAAAUAUGGUUUUGUUGUUGCCGUAACAACUAUUGACACUAUCGGAUCUGGAUUAAUUCAACCCGGUCGUGGCUUUGUGCUAUAUCCAGUAAAAUACAAAGCAAUUGUUUUUCGUCCAUUUAAAGGUCAAGUGGUAGAUGCUGUGGUUAAUCAAGUUAAUAAGGUAGGAUUAUUUUGUGAUAUCGGACCACUUUCUUGUUUCGUAAGUCGUCACUGUAUUCCACCUGAUAUGGAAUUCGAACCGAAUUCGAACCCUCCUUGUUAUAAAACCGCUGAUGAAAGUGUUAUUAUAAAACAAGAUGAUGAAAUAAGAGUGAAAUUAAUUGGUACACGUGUUGAUGCAUCUGAUAUAUUUGCUAUUGGUACACUUAUGGAUGAUUAUCUUGGUUUAUCUGCCAAUGAAUGA